AUGAGCGAAGAUUGGUUGCGUAGGUCCCAUCAAGUGACUCCCGUGGCAAGGCAACGUCUAAGUCUUUCGGUUAGCCUGGAAUGGUGCAGCGCAGCUUAUCCGCCUCAACAGGUCUGCGAACGAGCUCUAAUGCAAGGCUUGAGUGUCCUCCGAGUUCAGAUACAGCAGCAUACUUCUUGCGAUGUACCGGUCAGUAUUUGGGGGAUUGCAUGCAUUUUAUAA